AUGGGGGAAAAGACGAAGACCCAGCGGCCGCCAAAACGCAAAAUCGGGGGGCCCCCCCAAGAGGCCCCCGAGGGGCCCCCCCGUUCCCGGGCGCGCAGGAAGGAGCGGGGGGCCCCCCCUGAGGCCCUGGAGGCUGGGGGCCCCCCCCAGGGGCCCCCCAAGGGGGCCCCCAAGGGGGCCCCCAAGGGGGGCCCCAAGGGGGCCCCCAAGGGGGCCCCCAAGGAGGCCCCCAAGGGGGGCCCCAAGGAGGGCCCCAAGGGGGCCCCCAAGGGGGCCCCCAAGGAGGCCCCCAAGGGGGCCCCCAAGGGGGCCCCCAAGGGGCCCCCGCAGCAGGAUGAAGAGGCCCAGCAGCAGCUGCGGGCCCUCGAGACCCUUCUUUUUGGGGCCCCCACGGCCACAGCGGAGGGGCUUGAGGGGGGGGGCAGCAGCGGCGAGGGGCAGGAGGCAGCAAGCAGCAGCAGCAGCAGCAGCAGCAGCAGCAGCAGCAGCAGCAAGAAGCGCAAGCGGAAGGCGGCCAGCAGCAGCAGCAGCGGCGACCCCGCAGCAGCAGCAGCAGCAGCAGCAGCAGCAGCAGCAGCAGCAGCAGCAGAUGGCGCCGUAUGGGUGGACCCGGCGGACGCGCAGCUGGUGGUGGACAUAGCAGCAAACCCGAAGCUGCGGAAGCUGCAGCAGCUGCAGCAGCAGCAGCAGCAGCAGCAGCAGGAGAAGCAAAUAAGCGGCGAAGAGUUUCACCGGCGGCUGCAGGCCCUCCACGGGGCCCUGAGCCGCAGCAGCAGCAGCAGCAGCAGCAGCAGCAGCAGCAAACAAUGUCUGCCGUGGAUUCAAGAGGCCAGGGAGAGGAAGCGCAGGGCCCUCGCAGAGAGCGAGCUGCUGGGGGAGCUGCCCAGCGGGCUGGAAAGCACAGGCCAGGAGGGGCCCCUCAGCAAAGGGGAGGGUUUAGUUGCUGCUGCUGCUGCUGCUGCUGCUGCUGCUGCUGCUCGGAAGCAAAGGGGGGGCCCCCUGGGGGCCCCCCUUGCUGCUGGCAAGAUAAAUGUGCGCAGGCUCGAAGACGCGAACAAACAAGGCCCCAGCAUGUGUGCCGUGUCUUGCCUGGACUUCCACCCGAAGUCGAACAUUUUGCUGACCGCGGGUCGCGACAAAACGCUGCGGCUGUUUCUGGUGGACGGGGCCAAAAACCCUCGCCUCGAGGCGCUGCACCUCAAGGACUUUCCCGUCUCGAAAGCUUUUUUUUCUCUUUUCAAUUCCGGAGAAACUCUUUUGAUGACUUCCGCUGCUUCCAGGGCCCUCGCAGAAUACGACUUGCACCGCGGCAAGGUGUACCAAGUGCCUGGCAUUGCGGGCCGGAGGGAAGAACGCGCCUACCACUUUCUUUCAGUCUCUCCUGGGAUCGUCUCCGAUCCCUCGUCUCCCGUGGUCAACACUUUUGCUGUGGCUUCCGCCACCUCCCAGAGUGUCCUGAUAUGUGACGCGAGCUCAAAGCGGCUUCUCAGCGUGCUGCAGAUGAACGCCCCAGUAGUCGGCAUGGCGUAUCACCCCCACCGCCCCACCAGCGUCUUAACUGCUGACGCGGAUGCCAAUGUGUACGAGUGGGAGCUGCGCACGGGCCGCUGCCUCGCAAAGACUAGAGACCCUUCUUGUGGGGCCCUCAGCGCCUUCGCCGUUUCUCCGCCUCCUGCUGCUGCUGCUGCUGCUUCGAGGCCCUUUUCAGUCAUGGCCCUAGGUCAGCAGCAGCAGCAGCAGCAGCAGCAGCAGCAGCAGUAG